AUGGCUAGCGGUGUUAGCGUUUCGGAUCACUGUCUGCAAGAGUACCAAGGCCUCAAGCUCAAAAACACCUACCGCUACAUUAUCUACAAGUUGAACAAGACUGUCAAUGAAAUCAUUGUUGAUCGAACCUCCAAAAGCGAAGAAUGGGACGAUUUCUUAGCAGACCUCCCCGAAACAGAACCACGUUACGCCGUUUACGAUUUCGAGUUUGAAAAGGACGAUGGGACGGGUGCCGGACGGAAAAUUGUCUUUGUCUCAUGGACACCUGAUAGUGCCAAAGUAAAGGAUAAGAUGGUAUAUGCCUCAUCUAAAGAUGCUCUGAGAAGGGCUCUGGUAGCCAUCGGUAUGGAGAUCCAGGCUACCGAACACGACGAAAUUUCAUAUGAAACUGUGGUGGCCAAGGCUAACCGACGACAUUGA